UUGUUCUUUUGAGUGUGCACUUUAUACAGUAAUAUCUCUCCUUUGGUGUGAUAAAAAAACAUUGACUACAAUAAAAGCAAACAACAGGAGGCUGAACAAGUGGCCAUGCUUGUGGUGGGGAAAGAGUAUACGCACUGAGUUUUCUUCUUUCUAACUGUAAACCAAAGACAAGGCAUCUUCUCCCAUCUAGCAAAUACUGGGGUUAAUAGGCGUCUCUCAGAUGUAAGUUAUGCAAUGUCACAUGUGCUGAAACAAACACUAUUAAUUGCACCAUAAGUUUCGUUUCUUUUACAUCCUGAAGCCAUGGCGUCUGCUGAUCAGAGGGACGAGCUGCAAUGCUCUAUCUGUCAGGGCACUUUAACAGAUUAUAUAACCCUGAGAUGUGGGCACAACUACUGCCGAGUCUGUACUGAUCUAUUCCUAAAGAAACAGGAGAAGUCUGGCAUGUAUUCCUGUCCUAAAUGUAGAGAAGAGUUUCAGGAGCAGCCUACACCGAUGCAAAAGGUAGCAGAAAAUAAACUGUCCACUCAACCACAUCAGGAGAAGAUUGCCAGGAUCUGCUGCACUUACUGUAUUCACUCUCCUGUACCUGCUGUGAAGUCCUGUCUGCACUGUGAGGCCUCUCUGUGUGAUGAUCACCUAAGAAUUCAUAGCAAGGAAGAAGAACAUGUCCUGACUGAUCCCUGCACUUCUAUGGAGAACAGGAAAUGCUCUGUCCAUAAGGAACCUCUAAAGUACUAUUGUCCUACAGAUGCUAUCUGUAUCUGUGUGACCUGUACAUUGGCCGGAGAACAUCGGGGACACCAGGUGGAGAUGCUGGAUGAGGCCUUGGAGAAGAAGAAGAAGAAACUGAGAAAUGUUCUCCAGAAACUGAUCCCAAAGAGAGAGAAGACUGAGAAAAGUGUCCGGAGUCUGGAGGAACGCAGGAGAAAAGCUCAAGAGAAAUCAUCUGGAGAAGCGGAGAGAGUCACUGCCCUGUUUAUAGACAUCAGGAGACGGCUGGACGACCUGGAGAAGAAGGUCCUGAGUGAGAUCUCCAGGCAGGAGAAGGAAGAGUCACUGUCACUGUCUGCUCUGAUCCAUCAGCUGGAAAUAAAGAAGGACGAGCUGUCCAGGAAGAUGAGACACAUUGAGGAGCUGUGUAACAUGACGGAUCCACUGACUGUCUUACAGGAUCCAGACACAGGUGACUUGUGUGAUCCUGAGGAGGGGGGAGGGGAUGAGGACACAGGGGGACAUGAUAAGACAUAUGAGGUAGAUGUGGAUGUGAUUACAAGGAUGUUACAUGAAGGUUUUUCUGCUAUGUCAUAUCUACAGACCAUCUCACUUGGAAAACUAACAUCUACAACAAAGGGAGAGAUCUAUGGGGAGGAUCCUGCAGACAUAUUACUGGAUGUAAACACGGCUCAUAAUAAUCUCCUUAUAUCAAACAACCUGAAAACUGCAACCAGGACAAAAAUAACACAGAAUCGUCCAGAAGCAGCAGAGAGAUUCCAGAAAUAUCCUCAGGUGAUGAGCAGAAGGAGAUUUACCUCAGGACGACAUUACUGGGAUGUGGAGAUCAGUAGAUCAGGAUUGUGGAUGGUGGGGAUGUGUUAUCCCAGUAUAGACAGGAGGGGAGAUCAGUCAUUCAUUGGCGAUAAUAACAAAUCCUGGAGUUUGUGGGGAGGGAAGGACUGUAAUAAUCAGUAUUCAGUGAUACAUGACAGUAAGGUGAUCCAGUUACCUCACCAGGUCUCCAGUGAUAGAUUCAGGAUCUGUCUGGAUUAUGAGGCCGGGCAGCUGUCCUUUUAUGAGCUGUGUGACCCCAUCAGACACUUACACACCUUCACCACCACCUUCACCGAGCCCCUUCAUGCUGUAUUACAUGUACAUAGCGGUUCUAUAAAGAUAUCAGGGAGCAGAAGCUGGGAAAAAAUGAAAGAAUUUUGCUGCGAGACGGUGGAUAAAGUAUUUCUGGUGGGAGAAUUGACUCAAAGAGUCUUGAAGAAAGGCUACCCAGCUCAAAUUAUUAAAACCACUUAUGAGCGGGCCAAGAGCCUUAAACGAAGGAAUCUCUUAGGAUCGUCAGCUGAACACAAAGAGCCUGAAGUUUAUUCCUGUCCUCAAUGUAGAGCAGAGCGUCAGGAUCAGCCUGCAACAAUACAGAACAUGAGUCUGCAAACGAUAGCAGAAAAUAUCCAGUCUCCACAACCACCUCAGGAAGAGAUGACCGGGAUCUUCUGCACCUACUGUAUUCACUCUCCUGUACCUGCUGUGAAGUCCUGUCUGCACUGUGAGGCUUCUCUAUGUGAUGAUCACCAGAAAGUUCACAAGUCAGAGGAACACAUCCUGAUUGAUCCCAGCACUUCACUACAGAACCGGAAAUGCUCUGACCAUAAGGAACUUUUAAAGUAUUAUUGUCCUAAAGAUGAUAUUAUUAUCUGUGUGUCCUGUACCUUGGCUGGAAAGCAUCGGGGACAUCAAGUUGAGACGCUGGAUGAGGCUUCUGAGAAGAAGAAGGAGAAACUGAGAAAUGUUCUCCAGAAACUGAACGCAAAGAGAGAGAAGACUGAGGAAAGAGUCCAGAGAGUGGAGGAGCGCAGGAGAAAAUCUCAAGAAGAAGCCGAUAGAGUCACUGCCCUGUUUAUAGAGAUCAAGAUACAGCUGGAUGAACUGGAGAAGAGGAUCCUGAGUGAGAUCUCCAGAGAAGAAGAGUUGGUGUCACAGUCACUGUCUGAUGUGAUCCAGAAGCUGGAAAUAGAGAAGGACGAACUGUCCAGGAAGAUGAAACACAUUGAGGAGCUGUGUAACAUGGCGGAUCCACUGACUGUCUUACAGGAACCAGACACAGGUGACUUGUGUGAUCCUGAGAAGGGGGGAGGGGAUGAGGACACAGGGGGACAUGAUAAGACAUAUGAGGUAAAUGUGGAUGUGAUUACAAGGAUGAUACAUAAAGGUUUAUCUGAUAUAGUGACAUAUCUGCAUACUGUUGCACCUCUAAAACCAAAAAGAAAGAGGCCACACUCUCCUAGCGUACAUAUUUCUCCCAAUCACACUAAAGUUUCAACUGUGUCAAGUACAGAAUAUGAGGGCGAUGAUGUGGUCAUGACUGGGGGUGCUGGGGGGAAGGUAACAGAUGCAGGAAAUGGAGUGAUCUAUGCUGAGGAUCCUGCAGACAUAUUACUGGAUGUAAACACAGCUGCUGAUAAUCUCCUUAUAUCAGAUGACCUGAAAACUGCAACAUGGACACUAGAGAAGCAGAAUUGUCCAGAAACAGCAAAGAGAUUCCAGAAAUAUCAGGUGAUGAGCAGCAGAGGAUUUACCUCAGGACGACAUUACUGGGAUGUGGAGUUCAGUGGAAUGGGGAAGGUGGGGAUGUGUUAUCCCAGUAUAGAGAGGAGGGGAGGUCAGUCAUACAUUGGGUCUAAUGACAAGUCCUGGUGUUUGUGUAGAGAGCAGGAGUAUAAUAAUCUGUAUUCAUUGAUACAUGACGGUAAAGAAAUCCAGCUAUCUCACCAGAUCUCCAGUAAUAGAGUCAGGAUCUGUCUGGAUUAUAAGGCCGGGCAGCUGUCCUUUUAUGAGCUGUGUGACCCCAUCAGACACUUACACACCUUCACCACCACCUUCACCGAGCCCCUUCAUGCUGCAUUAUAUGUAUGGAGAGGUAACAUAAAAGUAUGAGCAGGAGCAGAAUUUGGGAGAAAUGGCGGAGCCUGCUUGGUGCAGCAUUUAGAUACAGUAGUAGAAUGGUUUUUUUUUGUUGACAAUUUAAGGAGUUUUUAAUCACAAGCUUUCAACCUGUCAAUGUAGAAUCAUGUACAUUAUCGCAUAUGUAAUCACUGCUGUAUGUAAUUUCCACUGAAUGUCAUACAUGUACAUAAUAGGGAUCACAUGGGCACUAAAGCUGUGCUCAUGGAGUCACUGGGGUUUCUGGUGGCAAAUUAUAGCUGGUUCCUGUGGUAAAAUAAAAAGGGACUCUUAGAAAGGAUUAUCAGGUAUUCAUGUGACCAGAUGGGAGAUUUGGUAAACUGUCUGUAGUUACCGUAUAUACUCGAGUAUAAGCCGAGUUUUUCAGCACGAUUUUUCGUGCUGAAAACACCCCCCUCGGCUUAUACUCAAGUGAACUCCCCCACCCGCAGUGGUCUUCAACCUGCGG